ACCCAGAGCCGGAGACGCCAAGCGCCCGGCGCGCAGAGACCAGCUCAGGGAUCAGCAGCCGGAGGCGGGCUCCACUCCCCUUUCGAAUCCCGAACGGGGCUGAUGACGAACACAGGGAGCGACGGACGUACACACGCCCCGCGCUCGCACGACAGUACCGUGCAGGGAGCGGGAGGGAGCCUCGGUCCGUCACCGGCGCGACCAGCGUUUCGCGUCCUCCACUCCCUGCGCUCCCGCCACUUCGGCAACCCGACACCCGCCUACCGCCUCCGUCCGAGGCCUCCGCCGCUGCGAGGCUCGCGGCUUCCCUCCUGUCUCUUUAAAUGGUGGGGCCAAUGGGCCGCCCCUGCAGCUGCUACCGGGGUGGCCCCGCGCGCCGCUAUUGAGGGGCGAACCAAGAUGGCGGCGGCUUUGGCUCUGUGAGGAAGACGGAAGAGGCGACGGAAGAGGCGGCGGCGGCAGCGGAAGAGGCGGCGGCGGCGGCAGCGGCGGAGGGAAAAGGACUCUCAGUAGCCAAGAGCGCUCGUGCGCCAGGGGGCUCUCGGAGUCUCCCGCGUAGUGGUGGCAGCUGCAGCAGGACCAGGCGCCGGUCGGCUUCGGACAUUUGAAGCAGGGGAGCGGAGCGCAGUCCCCGGCUGCGGUGGCAGGGCCAGGUAUAAGGAAGGAAAACAUGGCGGCGGCGGCCUGAGGAGGCGGCGGCGGCGCGGGAAGCAGCUUCACGGAGAUCAUGGCGGAGGCGGGAGCAGGGCAGUGAACGGCGCCGCGAGUUCCUAGCGCGGCGGGGCGGGAGGCUGCGAAGCGCUGCGUGGCCCCCUCGGGGCGGCCGGCCUCGCCGGGCCUGGACAAUAGCGCCGAGGAGCCGGAGGCGAGGAAAGGCGGGGGCCAGAGCUCAGGCCCGGCGGCGGGCCAUGAGGGCGGCAGCGCGGCCCCGGGGCGGCCAGCGGCGGCAGUGAGGCCGGGGAGCCCUCCGCUCGUGGGCGUCCUCUCGCCUCGGCUCCCGCCUUCCCCGGACCCCCUUCCCGGGCGACUCCGGCGGGGCCUUUGCCCCGGCCCCCGGGCGGCACGAUGACCGACACCCGGCGGCGGGUGAAGGUUUACACACUCAACGAGGACCGGCAGUGGGACGACCGGGGCACCGGGCAUGUGUCGUCCGGCUACGUGGAGCGGCUGAAGGGCAUGUCCCUGCUUGUCAGGGCCGAGAGUGACGGUUCUCUACUUUUAGAGUCCAAAAUAAAUCCUAAUACUGCAUACCAGAAACAACAGGACACUUUGAUUGUGUGGUCUGAAGCAGAAAAUUAUGACUUGGCCCUUAGCUUUCAAGAAAAAGCUGGAUGUGAUGAAAUUUGGGAGAAAAUAUGUCAGGUUCAAGGAAAGGACCCAUCAGUGGACAUCACUCAGGACCUUGUAGAUGAGUCUGAAGAGGAGCGUUUUGAUGAUAUGUCAUCGCCAGGUUUAGAAUUGCCAUCUUGUGAAUUAAGUCGCCUUGAGGAAAUUGCAGAACUUGUGGCAUCAUCUUUACCUUCCCCCCUGCGUCGUGAAAAACUUGCACUAGCACUGGAAAAUGAGGGUUACAUUAAAAAGCUCUUAGAGCUUUUUCAUGUGUGUGAGGAUUUGGAAAAUAUUGAAGGACUGCACCACUUGUAUGAAAUUAUCAAAGGCAUCUUCCUCUUGAAUCGAACUGCUCUUUUUGAAGUUAUGUUCUCUGAGGAAUGUAUAAUGGACGUCAUUGGAUGCUUAGAAUAUGAUCCUGCUUUAUCACAACCACGAAAACAUAGGGAAUUUCUAACAAAAACAGCCAAGUUUAAAGAAGUGAUUCCCAUAUCAGAUCCUGAGCUGAAACAAAAAAUUCAUCAGACAUACCGAGUUCAGUAUAUACAAGACAUGGUUCUACCUACCCCUUCAGUCUUUGAAGAAAAUAUGUUAUCAACACUUCACUCUUUUAUCUUUUUCAAUAAGGUAGAAAUUGUUGGUAUGUUACAGGAAGAUGAAAAAUUUCUGACAGAUUUGUUUGCACAGCUAACAGAUGAAGCAACAGAUGAGGAAAAAAGACAGGAAUUGGUUAACUUUUUAAAAGAAUUUUGUGCGUUCUCCCAAACGCUACAACCUCAAAACAGAGAUGCUUUUUUCAAGACUUUGUCAAACAUGGGUAUAUUACCAGCUUUAGAAGUCAUCCUUGGCAUGGAUGAUACACAGGUGCGAAGUGCUGCUACUGAUAUAUUCUCAUACUUGGUUGAAUAUAAUCCAUCCAUGGUACGAGAGUUUGUCAUGCAGGAGGCACAACAGAAUGAUGAUGUAAGUAAGAAGUUAACAGAGCAAAAAAUAACCAACAAGGAUAUUUUGCUCAUCAACCUUAUUAUAGAACAUAUGAUUUGUGAUACAGACCCUGAACUUGGAGGAGCAGUCCAGCUUAUGGGCCUCCUUCGAACAUUAGUUGACCCAGAAAACAUGUUAGCUACUGCCAAUAAAACAGAAAAGACUGAAUUUCUGGGUUUCUUCUACAAGCACUGUAUGCAUGUCCUUACUGCUCCCUUACUGGCAAAUACAACAGAAGACAAACCUAGCAAAGAUGAUUUUCAGACUGCCCAGUUGUUGGCACUUGUAUUGGAAUUGUUAACAUUUUGUGUGGAGCACCAUACCUACCACAUAAAGAACUACAUUAUUAAUAAGGACAUUCUCCGGAGAGUGUUAGUUCUUAUGGCCUCGAAGCAUGCUUUCUUGGCAUUAUGUGCUCUUCGUUUUAAGAGAAAGAUUAUUGGAUUAAAAGAUGAGUUUUACAACCGCUAUAUAAUGAAAAGUUUUUUGUUUGAACCAGUAGUCAAAGCAUUUCUCAACAAUGGAUCCCGCUACAAUCUGAUGAACUCUGCCAUAAUAGAAAUGUUUGAAUUUAUUAGAGUGGAAGAUAUAAAAUCAUUAACUGCUCAUGUAAUUGAAAAUUACUGGAAAGCAUUGGAAGAUGUAGAUUAUGUACAAACAUUUAAAGGAUUGAAACUGAGAUUUGAACAACAAAGAGAAAGGCAAGAUAAUCCCAAACUUGACAGUAUGCGUUCCAUUUUGAGGAAUCAUAGAUAUCGAAGAGACGCCAGAACACUAGAAGAUGAAGAGGAGAUGUGGUUCAACACAGAUGAAGAUGACAUGGAAGAUGGAGAAGCUGUCGUGUCUCCAUCUGACAAAACUAAGAGUGAUGAUGACAUUAUGGAUCCAAUAAGUAAAUUCAUGGAGAGGAAGAAAUUAAAAGAAAGUGAGGAAAAGGAGGUGCUUCUGAAAACGAAUCUUUCUGGUCGGCAGAGCCCAAGUUUCAAGCUUUCCCUCUCUAGUGGAACAAAGACUACCCUCUCCAGCCAGUCACCUGCAACAAAUCUGCCUGGUUCUCCAGGCUCACCUGGAUCCCCAGGAUCUCCAGGCUCUCCUGGAUCCAUCCCUAAAAAUACAUCUCAGACGGCAGCUAUUACUACCAAGGGAGGCCUCGUGGGUCUGGUAGAUUAUCCUGAUGAUGAUGAGGAUGAUGAUGAGGACGAAGACAAGGAAGACACGCUCCCUUUGUCAAAGAAAGCAAAGUUUGAGUCAUAAUGGCAGCUGCCUGUGAUCAGUACCUGUUGAGAAAACUGGUUCUCUACCCCUCCCCACUACAAAUCUAUAACAGAGCAGUGGCCUCUUGUGAAUGACUGAUACAGCUCAGCUCGCACACUUGACUUCUGCUCAUCAAGUGCCAAUUCAGUGGAGCAGGAGGAGGGGAUAAUUAUACAUUUAGGGGGAAGACUUACACCUUCGAGGUCUAAGCUUGGACCACACAUUGCCCUUUUCUCAGGGAAGGAAAUGGAAACGAAAAGCCAACAGGGCAGGGGUUUUGUAAGUGGAACUCUGGAUUGACUGGUCAGUUGCUACAAUCAGAAUAUGCUUUCUCGGACCAUGUUUGAGACUCAGAAGAAUAGGCUUUUCUGCCCUAAUUCUUCACUAGUUAAGAAUGCCAGCAGUUUCUUUGUAUAAAGAGACCUGCCUUUAAAAUCGUACAUUCUGAACAUUUUAGUCAAGCUACAGCAGGUUUGGAAAAACCUCUUCGGGGGAGGGGCGAAUAUGAGGUUUCCUCUUUUUUAUCUGUUCCCUUUGCCCUUCAAACUGCAGAUUUUUUUUUUAAGUGGGGAUUUGUCCCUACUUGAUUAAAGAUUGAGUGGAAUUCUAGAUGUGGUCAUUUGUGUCAUAAUUUUUUUUGUUUCAUUUUGUUUUUGAUUUUUUUUUUCUCCUGAGUGUAUCCUUAGUUGUUGAGUAUAUAUAUUUGGGACCAUUAAAAACUUUUUUGAUGUAAUAUAACCUAACGUUGUGCUGGUACCUGUUUUACCAUGUGUAAUUUUUGUUCUCCAUCACAGUUCUUAAUUUGUUUAGAGUUUUAUGAAAGAUGGAAUAGUUUUUAUUGACAAAAGCAAAGUAAUCUUACAACUAUGUGCAUACAAAAAGCAAUACUAUUUUGUGACUAAAUAUUUUAUAUUAAAAUUUACAUCAGCAACUGUCUUGAGAAUUCAGGGAAAUAGAGUGGAAUUUAAAAUUUCAGCAGUUUUGUUAAACCUAGAAACAUAAAAUUAGUAAUCCAAAGAGAUUCUGAAAUUUCAUAUCUUGGGAAAAUGAUGGUACAUUAAAUCAAAAUUGAGGAUGAAUAAUUUAAAAAUAACGUAUUUGACUUUUGAGUAAUAAAAAAAGUGAAGAGUAAGAGAAAUUGUAUUAGUUGUAUUUUUUUUUUCUUUUUUUUAAUUACUCCCUUUGGAAUACCAGUUGGAGUUGUAAGCGGUGGUUCCUAAAUAAAUACCUGGCCAGAGGACCAUCUGAUACCACUUCAUUAAAACAGUAUGUUUAAAUAGGUUCUUUCUUUGUCUUAGGUGUGCUAAAAUUCUUUUAAGGAAACGAACAUAAAUAUCUCAAUUCCACAUACCCUCACUUUUUUAAAGUGAAGAUUUUAGAACUUACUGAAGAAUGUAUUUGCAAAUGUGAAUAAAAAUCCAUAUCUAGGAAAAGGAUACUAUUUUAAGUAUCAUAUACUUUAACUGGAUAAUCUAGCAAGCACUGUGUGCUUCUACCUUAGCUCCUCUUUUGCUUAGCCCUCAGUACAUUGCGAUACCAAAAACAAGCUUAUAUGGAAUAGUUGCAUAGAAAACCAGAAAGCAACAACUUGCCACAGUCAUGAAAAGUCUCAUUGUUGGCUAAUUUUUUUUUUAAUGAAACUUUGGGUGCAUUAUUAACUGUAAGAGUUUAAGUGUAUUUCACUACAGUAUAGCGCUUCUUCUGGGCCACAAGUUCUGGCAAUUAAUCAUUUUAAUCAACUUAUCUUGCAAAUAAAGAGAACAGAAACUUAAUAGGA